UCUGGUUAGAGAGUGACCUUGAUAUUAAUCGCGUCCGCCGGAAUAAUCACAAGGUGGAAGAAAAGCAAUCUUGUGUUCUUCCCAGACGUCCCAUAAGCCAAAUGCAUAGAGGAUAUGGAGCACUUCUCGGGUGCCUUGUCGUGGCGGUGAUCAUCGGGGUUGUUGUCAUUUUCUGCCACUUCAGGAGAAGAAAAUACAAGAUCAAAUCAUCAAAAAAGGAUAUUGAGGUCGCUGAGGCCUCCGUCGAGUAUGAGGAGCUUACCUGCAAGCAGAUGUCGAUCAAAGAGAUAUACACCGCAACUGAAAACUUGCGUCUUUCAAACAUCAUCGGGCAGGGAAUUGCAGGGAAAGUGUACAAAGGAAUGCUUGCAAAUGGCUGGUCUGUUGCCGUGAAACACAUAAUCAAGAAUGAGCAUGCAGAAACCUUCCUAAGAGAAGUUACAAGCCUCUCACAUGUGAGGCAUCCAAAUCUGGUGUCAUUAAGAGGCUACUGCGACGGGCAGGACGAGUGCUUUCUCGUGUAUGAACUGUGUGUCAAUGGUAACCUAUCAGAGUGGCUAUUUGGGAAGGAUAAGAAUCUAUUCUGGAUCCAGAGACUUCAGAUCGCCCUUGGCAGUGCUUGUGGCCUUUGGUUCCUUCACAUAUACCCUGAAGGCUGCAUUGUUCACCGAGACAUAAAGCCAACCAAUAUACUUCUUGGGGUUGAUAUGGAGCCCAAACUCGCGGAUUUUGGACUGUCGAGAUGCAUGGACAUAGGUGUAUCACACGUAAGCUCUGAAGUUAGAGGAACUUUUGGCUACGUCGACCCAGAGUACCGGCACAACCACAGGGUGCAUGCUGCAGGGGAUGUAUACAGCUUUGGUAUGGUACUCCUACAGCUCCUGUCAGGAAAGCGAGCAAUCAACAUCCAGAACACUACUAAGCCAAUUUCACUGGACAAAAUGGCUUCUAUGCUCAUCAGAGAAGGAAAUGUGCUGGAAUUUGCUGAUCCAAGGCUGAAUGGAGAAUACUCAGAAGAGGCAUUUGAUCUCAGUCUGAAGCUUGCUCUCUCCUGCACCGGCCACAAGCAGCAGCGACCAUCCAUGGAGCAAGUUGUAUCAAAGCUAGAGAAGGCUCUAGAGAUCUCCAUGGGAGACGAUGAUAAGCGCAACACCAUCAGUUUUGUUGAUUCCUUUGCAUAGAGUAUUUUCAAGAGAGGGAAAGAGUCCAUCACAUAGGUACUAAGAAGCUGCAAGCCUUGACAUUCCCAUGACCAUGUAUAAACAGUGUUGUGUGCUGAGGUGAAAACAAUUGAUGCAUUU